UUUGAUUGUUUAAUAGUAGUGGAGAUGGUGCUAAUUAACCGGUGUACACUUAACGGGGUGCAUGUAAAAAAGUUUUUGUUUGAUUGUUUAGUAGUAGUGGAGAUGAAGAAGUGGAGAAAACACACACACAUUCAAGGGCAUUCAGGUAGGUAGUGAUGGUUAAUUCCUCCCCGCAAAAAAAAAAGUGAUGGUUAAUUCCCGGACAUUGCAUGUCAGGCGAGAUUAUCGCACUAGGCAGCAUGCACUCUGUGUGUGGGGGGUUAAUCCGCUUAUUAUGGGCUGGUGAUUAAAGCGCGUGAUUUGGGGGAUAUUAUUGCUGUUAAAAAAGGGCAAGGAGCAUUCGUGGGGAGAUAUUAUUCCAGUUAAAAUAUAACCAUUUUCUAUCCUUAUGGUUUGUUUCCAAACCACAGCGUAGGUAGUAAAUAAAUAGAGAAAAUUGCGGAUUGUUUGCUACCACCGCUUUUUUCCCACUACAAAUAGGCGCCUAGACCAUCUCUUCUUCCUCGCCAAACAGAAUUCAAUUUCGUAGUUGAUCUAGACAUGGCGACCAAGCUUACGGCAAUAGCCUUUUUCCUGCUCCUGCUCACCUUUGGUGAGUCCAGCAACAGGGUUGAACCUCCAUCUUCUCAAGAGAACACUUUUGAUACGAGUGCUUAUGCGGUUCGUUGGGACCCAGAUCAUGCACCAUCUGAAGAAAAAGGUUUUGGUGAAAGUUCUUAUGCGGUACAUUGGGAUCCAGAUCACUCACCUUCAAAAGAAAAUGGAUUCGGUGAAAGUGCUUAUGCGGUACAUUGGGAUCCCGAUCACGCCCCUUCAAAAGAAAACGGGUUCGGUGAAAGUGCUUAUGCGGUACAUUGGGAUCCAGAUCACGCCCCUUCAAAAGAAAAUGGUUUCGAUGAGAGUGCUUAUGCGGUACAUUGGGAUCCAGAUCAUUUACCUUCAAAAGGAAAUGGGUUUGCUGAAAGUGCUUAUGCGGUACAUUGGGAUCCAGAUCGUGCCCCUUCAAAAGACAAGGGUUUUGGUGAAAGUGCGUAUGCAGUACAUUGGGAUCCAGAUCAUGCACCUUCAAAAGACAAGGGUUUCGGUGAAAGUGCUUAUGCAGUACAUUGGGAUCCAGAUCAUGCACCUUCAAAAGAAAAUGGUUUUGGUGCAAGUGCUUAUGCGGUACAUUGGGAUCCAGAUCACUCACCUUCAAAAGAAAAUGGUUUUGAUGCAAGUUCUUAUGCGGUACAUUGGGAUCCAGAUCAUGCUCCUUCUCAACAAAACGGUUUUGAUGAGGGUUCUUAUGCGGUGCACUGGGAUCCAGAUCAUUCACCUUCAAAAGGAAAUCGGUUUGGUGAAAGUGCUUAUGCGGUGCAUUGGGAUCCAGAUCGUGCCCCUUCAAAAGACAAGGGUUUUGGUGAAAGUGCUUAUGCAGUACAUUGGGAUCCAGAUCAUGCCCCUUCAAAAGAAAAUGGUUUUGGUGCAAGUGCUUAUGCAGUACAUUGGGAUCCAGAUCACUCACCUUCAAAAGAAAAUGGUUUUGGUGCAAGUGCUUAUGCGGUACAUUGGGAUCCAGAUCACUCACCGUCAAAAAAUGGUUUUGGUGAUAGUGCUUAUGCGGUACAUUGGGAUCCAGACCAUGAACAUUCAACUUCUGCUGUUCCUGAAGCACAAGCCAAACGCCACCAGAUCAAAGUUCAGACUGGCAUGUUGUUCUUGAAGAAGAAUCUGCGCGUUGGCACUGUACUGCCGCAAGGAACCAUGUUUGCACGAGGCGGUUCACCAAAGUCUGUCAAUUCUUUCUUUACUCCGUUGGAGUCAAAGUACUUGGCAACCAUCCUUUCACAUUACAAGAUAUCUCACAGCUCGAUAAAGGCCCAGCAGGUAGCUGACACCCUUCGUUCAUGUGGCAAACCGGCUGACAAGGAGGAGCCUCACAUGUGCUUCUCAUCUUGUGAAGCAAUGGCCAGGUUCGCUACCAAAGCUUUGGGAGUCAGCGGUGCACGAGCAGCCAUUACAAGAAUUCAUGGGCAUGAGACCCCCAACACCAUGUAUGUUGUGGCACAGAUCGCCCAAUUCAGCAAUAAUUCGGUCCCAUGCCACCCUAUGGAUUUCCCCUAUGAGGUUUUUUAUUGCCAUAGGCCAAGAGAGGUGCAGUCUUUGACGGUGCAACUCAAAGGCUUGAAAGAUGGAACACCAGGCGUGACGGCAACAGCCAUGUGCCACAUGAACACAUCUGAUUGGGACCAGCAGUACUUUGAGCUGUUAGGCGGAGAGCGUGGUGAACCUAUUUGCCACUACAUGCCUACCAAUUACAUCAUGUUCUAUUAGAUAUAUUUAAAGUUCGGGCUAAACGAUGUAAUCAUGUUAUCUGAUCAAUAAAGCGUUCUGAGUGGCCGGCUUUUUGUUAAAAA